AUGGUCUCUUCUCGGCCCUCAGUCCAGACCGAUUCAAGUAGCGGCUCUUCGUCUCAGAAGUACUACAACGCGUCAUCCUAUGCUCAGCAGGGCAGAGGGUACAACGGUCGCAUGCCAGCGGCACCGCUGCUCACUGAUGAUGACGAUGAAGACGACUACCUUUACUCUGACAAGGGUCUCGACCGUCAUUCUGGCUCGUGUAUCAGUAUCCGCGGACUGCUCAACGUCUUGACUCUGAUCUUGCUAGCCAUGGGCUUGCUUGCACUUUUCCUCGGAUACCCGCUCGUCGUGGUCUUGAGCAAAGUCUUUGACAGCAUCGAUAUCAAUCGCACAAGUCCUGAACGGCUCACAGCUCUUUCGCAACGCGGCUUGAUUGAUCCCGACACUCCACAGGCAGCGAUGCGGCGCAGAUCCCCCGUCGACGGCUCCGACUGGCACCUCGUCUUUUCCGACGAGUUCAACGAGGAAGGCCGUUCCUUCUAUCCCGGUGAUGAUCCGUACUGGGAAGCAGUCGAUCUCUGGUACUGGGGAACGGGCGACUACGAAUGGUACUCUCCCGAAGCCGUCAACACCACCGGUGGAGCCCUCAUCAUCUCCGUCGAAGAGAGAGAGACCAACAACAAGAACUUCCGCUCCGGCAUGAUCCAAAGUUGGAACAAGGUGUGCUUCCAGGGUGCCUACUACGAGAUCUCGGCUCGUCUGCCUGGUUCUGCAACCGCCCCCGGCUUGUGGCCCGGUCUCUGGACACAGGGCAACCUGGGCCGUCCCGGAUACGGUGCGACUAACGAAGGCAUGUGGCCCUACUCCUACCAAGGCUGCGACACGGGCGCUUUGCCCAACCAGACGUACGUUAACGGUACCGGACCACCCGCGGCACUCAACGCCAACGGUCUCUUCUCGGCUAGCUACAACAAUGAGCUCUCUUGGCUCCCCGGUAUGCGAUUCACUUCGUGCAACUGCCCUGGCACCGAGCAUCCCGGCCCUAACCGCAACAUCGCGCGUUCCGCACCCGAGCUCGAUAUCCUGGAGGCCAAGAUCGCUGUCGGCCAAGGACAUGGUGAGACCUCCCAAUCUCUUCAAAUGGCACCGUUCGACGUCGAUUAUUUCUACGGCAACAGCACCGCUCGUGGCGAUGUCCGCAUCUGGGACGCCAACACCCGUCUCAACGACUACAAGGGUGGUGCUAUCCAGGAAGCCGUUUCCGCGCUCAGUGAUGUACCCCCUGUUGCAUACGAACUCUCUCCCAAUGGGCGUUACAUGACCUUUGGUGUCGAGUACGAUCCCGAUUGGAACGAAGAUGGACAAGCCUCGGUCACCUGGUACAUGGACGGCAGACCUACGUGGACGCUGAACGGUCAGGCCAUCGGACCCGUACCCGAACUAGAUAUCAGCCAACGUCUGAUUCCCACCGAGCCCAUGUUCAUGAUUCUCAACGUAGCCAUCUCCGAGUCCUUCCAGGUACCGGACUUUGAUCUGCUCAGAUUCCCGGCUCACAUGGCGAUCGACUACGUUCGCGUAUAUCAGAGGGACGGUCAACCUGACCGUGUCGGUUGCGAUCCUGCAAACCGACCAACCUACGACUACAUCCAAAACAACCUGGACAUGUACUUCAACGCCAAUCUCAGCACCUAUGAUAAAGCGAAGAUUCCACGAAAUAGAUUGCAAGGAUGCUAA